AUGGGUGUUCUCUAUUCAGGCCUUCCCUUAUUAGGUCAUGUCAACAAGAAAUUCGAUAGCUCCGGUCGCCUACCAAAACACCACCUCGACCUUCAGAUUGGUCUCCAGCUUUUACUGAACAGGCAUCACUCGGCCACACGCUGGGUGUCAGGACAAAUUCAGCUAAGGGUUGCUGGCCAUGAGCUGGCAGUGAUGACCGUCGAUCUACGUGUCUCUACCCACAAAACACCACCGCGCACAAUAUCUUGCGAAUAA